AUGAAAAUAGCAAACCCUCUGUGUCGCCUAGAGGCUUUCGUGAAACGCUGCUAAAACACCAGAUAACAAAUCGGAAUUUUUUUUAAAAUUGACGACGAUGCUCUCCAUCUCUCCGGUGCCGAGCUUCUCUAUAACCUCCGUGAAAUAUCUUCGCUCUCCUUCCUCUUCCUCCUUCAUCUCCGUCUUCCCUAAACUUUCCAGAUUCGUCACAGCCACUUCCGCAACCCCCAAUUCAACACCGGAGACCACCACCACGAGAGUCAACAACGCCGGCCUCAAACUCGACGAGACAGUCUCCGUCUCCAAAGGCAAGAUUCGCCUCGACUCAUGGAUCUCCUCUCGCGUCGAUGGAGUUAGCCGAGCUCGCGUACAGUCCAGCAUCCGCCAAGGACUCGUCUCCGUCAAUGGCCACGUCAUCGAUAAGGUUUCGCACAAUGUGAAAGCUGGCGAUGAGGUUCAUUGUACGAUAUCAAAGCUCCAACCUUUGAGAGCUGAACCCGAAGACAUACCGUUAGAUAUAGUUUACGAAGAUCAGCACGUGCUCGUCGUUAACAAACCGCCUCACAUGGUUGUUCAUCCUGCGCCUGGGAAUCCUAAUGGGACGCUUGUUAACGGAAUACUUCACCAUUGUAGUCUCCCUUGUGUUGCUACUUAUUCAAACCAAGAAGAUGAUGAUGAUUCGGAUGAAGAAGAAACGUUUUCAGAUGAUGAAGGGAUGAUUCGUCCAGGUAUUGUUCAUAGGUUGGAUAAAGGGACUAGUGGAUUGCUCGUUGUAGCUAAGGAUGAGCAUUCUCAUGCUCAUUUGGCGGAACAGUUCAAGCUGCACACGAUUGAGAGAGUUUAUAUAAGUCUUACCACUGGAGUUCCUUCUCCGUCUCAGGGGAGGAUUGAUGUACCGAUUGGUAGGGAUUCGAAUAAUCGGAUCCGUAUGGCUGCUAUACCUGGAUCAUUGAGCCGUGGAAGGGCUCGUCAUGCUGCUAGUAGGUAUAAGGUAGUUGAAACACUCGCUGGAGGUGGCUCUGCGUUGGUUGAGUGGAGACUAGAAACUGGCCGUACACAUCAGAUACGUGCGCAUGCCAAGUACAUGGGAGUACCUCUACUGGGUGACGAAGUGUAUGGAGGAACGAAAAGCAUGGCACUUUCUCUUCUGCAGAGAAGAGUCUCCCGGAGUGAUCAAGAAGAGAUCAUAGAGCUGGUGUCAAGAAUGGAUAGGCCUUGUCUUCAUGCUAUAGUUCUCGGCUUUGAACAUCCGUGCACAGGAGAAAUCAUAAAGUUUUCAUGUCCACCGCCUCCGGAUCUUGCUGAGAUAGUAGGCCUGCUUCGUAGAAGCGGAAGAGACAAAGUGGAAUAAUCUCUCGAUUUUGGUUUAUAAACUCAUAGUCUCGGACAUUGAUUCUGCAGUAGCAUGAGAGAUAUCAACGCCACUAUCCUUUAAAGCAGCAAGCAAUCAAACUUCUCUCUGAAGAUAUUUGACGAAACAAAUGAAAGUGUAGUCUCAGUUUCAUGAUCCAAGUGUUUUAUAGUACAGCUAAGAGGUGUAUAAAGCUCAAAUGGGAACUUACCAAAAACAUCUACGUGUUUCAAAUGAUAUUCCAAACCCAACAAAAUCAACAUCAGCUAAGCUAAUAGACACCUGUAUCUUUCGCCUU